CUUGAACCAACCUGCCAUUUGACUCCCCGCUCAAUUCUGAGUCUAUAAAAGCCCUUUCUCUCUUCCUUUCUCCCUUUCUUCCUUCCUCUUUUCACUCUCUUACUUUUAUACAAAAUGACCCGACUAGGUUCACCACAUGAAAAAUACGAUUUCAUUGAACAAAUAGGCGAUGGAUCAUUUGGCACAGUACAUAAAGCACAAAAUAAAAUUAGCCAUAAAAUUGUUGCUGUAAAAGUGAUGAAGAAAAAAUACGCUAGCCUUGACGAGUGCGCAUAUCAAUUUGAACCCAAGUUAUUAGACUUACUUCCACCACACUUGAAUAUUGUUCAACUCUAUGAUAGCUUUCUUUCACCUACAACAUGCGAUCUUGCUUUUGUUAUGGAGUAUAUGGAUGGUGGUAAUCUCUAUCAGCUUAUGAGAGAACGAAAGCACCACAAUUUACCCUUUAGUCAUGGUGAACUCCGUAGCAUUCUACAUCAAAUACUAUCAGCAGUCUCCCAUAUACAUCGACACCACAUCUUUCACCGUGACAUGAAACCCGAAAAUCUAUUGAUAGACUAUUCAGCCAAUCGACCCAUCAUCAAACUCGCAGACUUUGGUUUAGCUCGAGAAUUAAAUAGUCCACCACCUUAUACUGAAUAUGUAAGCACGCGAUGGUAUCGUGCACCUGAAGUACUUUUGCGUUCUACUGAAUAUUCUGCACCUGUAGAUCUAUGGGCAGUAGGGGCUAUUUUUGCGGAAUUAAUUACCCUGGAUCCUCUUUUUCCAGGCGAAUCAGAAGUAGAUCAGAUUUAUCGUAUUUGUCAUGUCCUGGGAAGUCCUGGAAAUAAAAUGGGUGUGGGGCAGAAACAAAAAGUUGUACGACCUGAAAAACGCUUAAGCCCUGGAUUUGCAAGAAAAAAGACAAAAGAACUUGAUCGUCCUGAUAUGCAUACGGUAACUACAACAUCUACCAUGUCACCUCUUGAUGGUGGAGGGGAAUGGAGAGAAGGAGUCAAGUUAGCCUAUAAAAUAGGAUUCAAAUUUCCACAGGUACAACCCAAACCAUUAGAAUCGAUUAUGCCCAAUGCAUCACCAUCUAUGCUUGACAUCAUUCGUCAUUUCUUGUUCUUUAAUCCUACACAGCGAUGGUCUGCAGAGAUUGCAUUAAGGCACACUUUCUUUUCAGAGUCAGAUGAGCCUGUUCAUAAUGUAGUACCAAUGGACAUCGAACCUACUACCCCACCGGACCAACCUCUUGAUCGACAUCUUACAAGCAGCCGUGGUAGAACUCUUAAGGGCAUCACACCCUUGGACUUAUUAACAACACCCAAGUCACCCUAUCAAAUUUGUCCUGAUUGGAACACAGACCAUCCCAUUUCUCGUCAUGGUAGACAGUCUUCUCAUACAACACAUGUAGAUCGUUUCUUGCAUGAUGUAGAAGCAGCGGACAACAAUGCUUGGUUAACACAAAGUAGACCCAUCUAUAGUUCUCAUCAGAAAGUACAUCCUGUUACAGAUAGACCCAAUUCACCUCAUACAUGGAAAUAUAGUUAUGCAGCACAUCAAUCUUAUAGACCAAGUACGCCUGUUGUAGAGCAUAAAAUAGCCCCUUCCUCAUCUUCUAAAAGACAUUCUUUACGAGCAAAUGAAGAAGGAGAGGAAGUACCUCGAAGAACAUCAGCUCAUCUUUUACAUCAUAAUCAUCACCCUCAUCAUAAUGAUUAUCAUCAUUCUCAUCGUCCCACAAGUAAUAACACAUCAUUUAGUCAUGAUAGAAUACCACAUUAUGGUAAUCAGCUUAUAAAAUGGGCUCCACCUCACUAUCAUCAUCCUACACCCUCCACAAAUGAAGACAAAGCAACAGAGACACGACCCCAAAGUAGACAAUGUAGAACACCUGCAUCCUUUUCAACCAAUCUUAUGAAAACUAAGCAUGCGACUUCCAUGACUACAGCAAAUACGCCUACAUCAUUAACUCAUCAUUCACCUAUCAAGACAUGGACUUCUCAGACAGCACCUCCUAUUAUCAAUGCAGAUAAAGCGAUUGGACAUAACGAUCAAGUAUGGACACGUAAAUCAGAUAAGCCCCAAUCGACACAUCGUAAUUCGACUCUGAACCGUUUUAAUUUAUGGGUGCCUGAAAAUGACGAUAGUGACGAUCAAGAAGAUAACUAUUCAAACAAAAGAUGGGUUCAAGUACUGUAAAUAAUAGCCUGUAUUUAAUUGCAUAUAUUCCCCCUCCCCUCUCUCUUUUUUUUUAAAAAAAAAAAUAAAGCUUAUUUGUUGUUAUUCC